CGGGGGCCAAAGCGGAACGGGUGCAGCGGUAACAGCUCCCUGAGGAGCGGCGGGCGUUGGUUUAAAAAUGUCUGACCAGAAAAAUAUUGUACACAGAGCCCAUUGUAUUGAAAAACUACUGUCUGAGAACAAUUUCCAAGAUAUUGAGGAUCAUCUUAAAGAACUUGAAGAUGUUGAUAUGACUAUAGAAUAUCUUCAGGGAACAGAAGUUGCCAAGGCUGUAUACAGAGUGCUCAAGAGCUGCCCUUCAGUAGAGUUGAAAAAGAAAGCAAAGCAGUUAUUAUCAAGGUGGAAAGCACUUUACAAGAAUAACUGUGUUCAGUCAAUGCAAGUUAAAAAGUCAGUUUCUGUGUAUGCGAAAGAGGAAAUUGAACAUCUCAGAGUGGUUCCUAGAGAGCAGUUGCUGUCUGAAGGACCAUGUCAGCAGGAGGUGUUAGAUGCUACUAGUUCUAAAAUUUUGGUCCCAUCGCAAACUGUUAAAAAUGUGGUACAUGACGAUGCAGAAGGCAGCAUGAAUCAGCUUUCUUCUUUUGAGGAACACACUGAUAAUGAAGAUUCUAAACCUCUUGUUAAUGAAGCAAGUCUGCAGCAGGAUCCGAUGAGAGUUCUGAGGUGUAAAUGUACGGAUCUUCUUUAUAAAGCUUUGACUGGCUCUGCCAAAGAUGAAGAAGAAACUGAUAAAUGGCUGGAGCUAUCUAAAGGAAUUGAAGAACAUAUUUUUGCUCUUCAUGCUAAAAAUGACAAAAAGUAUAAAAAUUGCAUUAGAAGCAAAAUCUCUAACCUGAAGAACCCUAAAAAUUGCCACUUAAAACAUAACCUUUUUUCAGGGACAUUGAGUCCAAAGGCUUUUGCUGAGAUGACAGUGAUGGAAAUGGCCAGCGAUGAACUGAAACAGCUCAGGGCUCUGUACGCAGAAUCAUCUGUUCAGGAACAUCAGCUCCCACAAGUUAUUAAUGGCACACCGACAAACAAAAUAAAGUGUAGGCGCUGUGAAAAAUUUGAUUGCACUGUGACUAUGAUCGCCAGAGGAACUCUCUUUCUUCCAGGUUGGGUGCAAACACAAAUCCAGAUGAACAAAUGUUGACUUACGUUAUUUGUAAUGAAUGUGGAGAACAGUGGUAUCACAGCAGAUGGAUUUGUUUGUAACGCUAUCCCUCUUUAAUAAGUGGUUUAGAAACAUAGAUAUGAGAAGUUAUCUCUGUUGAAACUGUAUAAUGUAAAAUUUGUACUGAUAUUAUGUAGAUCCUGCCACUAAACAGUGCAAAAUCAGUUUUAAAAAAUUGCUAAGUUAUUUUUGAAGAUGACUUGAAUAAAUCUAUGUGAUUAAGUAAUGUCAAUAUGUAAAGAAAUAAAAGAAAAAGGGGAAAAAUGGUAACACUGUAUCUGAGAGCAGAAUAUUCACUAGUAAAUCCAUUAAAAAUAUUCCAAGUGCUGCAGUUUUUUUCCCCAAGGUACUGAGUACUUGGAAUUUUCAUUAUCUUCAGCAGGAGUUCUUUCACAGAACAUAAGUUUCAUUUACAGUAAACAAACUGUUUCCAAAACUGCAGUUCACAUACUUGCGUGCAUUGCAGAACGUUCAGCAUGGAUUCACUCCUUAAUUAAAUAACUUUUUGCAAGUAAGUGUUAGAUUAUUGACUUGGUUUGAGAGCUAAUGUCUAACAGGAAAAAAUGAAUGCAAAAUAGAGUGUAAAAGGGGGAGAGGCAGCUAGCAAAUGAAAGCAAAAAUGAAAUUCUGCUUUAGAUUUUUAUAGCUGUUGGGAGGAAAAUAGGACUUGUGACAAUCUAUCAGUUUGCAGUUCAGAUUUGCAAUGUAGAUGAUGUGUCCUGCAACUGUUAAGAAAUUAAUGCAGGAUCAGACAAUGGUUUAUUUCAGAAAAUUAUGUAAACACAUUAUUAUAUUUACCUUUAUCUAAUAAAUAAAGGCAUGAAGUUAAUAGGAGUUAAUCACUUUCUGAAUGUGUAUCCUCUCUUGAACUGGAACAUCUGUCCUGAACUGAGUAAAUUAAUGUUUUUAUAUAGUGCAGGUUACCCAGAAAAAAUUAAUAGAAGGAAAUCUAAUAACUAAAGUUUUUAUACCUGUUUUUGUUCCAGAGUCAACAGGAUUCCCAGUGGCUGUAUACUAGAAGCAUUUAUUUAUCAAAAAAUAUCACCUUAGCAUUCUUCUCACUCAAGUACUAGCCCUGUUGUUUUUUCUGGAAAACUUAAAUUUACUUCAAAAUCAGCUAUCUGAAUACUUUGAAUGGAGUAUAUAUCAGAAGUCAAGGAGAUGUUUCUUCUCCGAACUGGGUGAACCACCUGAGUCUGGGUAUCUUUCACAGCUGUCUAUCGGUCUGUAGAAAACUAUGUUCAUACUGUGUGUCCCUAUUUUGGUUUCUUCACUGUGUUUGAGUUACUGUAAAUGUGUAAAU